AUGUCAAUUAAUGAAUACUGCCAUCAUCUGUACGCUGUAGCAGGUACUGGCGGAUCCACAGAGGCGCAAGGAGGUGCAGCUGCACCUCCCCUCACCGGAAACUUCCUUGGGGAUGCCAAAAUUUGCCCCUUUGCUAGUGCCCACCCAUUAUUCGACUAA